CAACUGUGAAAACGAUUCAUUCGCAAGCGUGCGGCGCACUGUAUCCGCGGUGUUGACACGACUUUCAGCAUGGUUCGAAAACUCAAGUAUCACGAGCAGAAGCUCUUAAAGAAAGUAGACUUUAUAUCGUGGGAAGUCGACAACAACCUCCAUGAAGUAAAGAUAAUGAGAAAGUACUAUGUUCAGAAGCGCGAGGAUUACACAAAGUACAAUAAGCUGUCACGGGCUAUACGGGAUUUGGCGCGGAAGAUCAAAGAGCUGGAUCCGAAGGACCCAUUUCGUGCCAAGGCAACCACCGACUUGCUGAACAAGCUGCACAGCCUGGGUGUCAUUUCCAUCAAGGAAAACCUCGAGAUAUGCGACAGAGUGACCGCUUCAUCAUUCUGCAGGAGGAGGCUCCCUGUCAUCAUGGUGCGAAACCAGAUGGCGCAGCGCGUCAAGAUGGCUACGCAGUUCGUCGAGCAAGGGCAUGUUCGCAUCGGACCUGACGUGGUCACUGAUCCUGCGUUCCUGGUGUCCAGGCAGCUGGAGGACUUCGUCACAUGGACCGAUUCGUCGGCCAUCAAGAAGCACGUUGCUGAGUACAACGACAUGAGGGACGACUACGACCUCCUUUAGCGACCGGCUGAGCCUGCAUGGUUCCACUGUAAAUAGGCGAACGAAGACAAAGCCCUCAUUGUCAAUAAAGGCAGCAAGUUUUGCUGGUUAUGUGCUCAUA